UGCCCGGAGCCCACCAGGCCCGUUGCCUUCGAGAGCAUGAGUGAGCAGGAGAGGGAGACAGAAGAGGACGAGGGAGGGGGCGCUUCAGACACAGCACCCAUGCUGCCCCGAAGGCGUCCUGACCACCAGGCAUCGGCCCUGUUAUCUUCAGGGUGGGCAGGCCUGGCUGCCAGAGGCCUCGGGCCCCUGCUGCUGCCCAGCCGGAUUCUGGCCGGGCUCCUGCUCCACCUGCUGCUGCCCUCGACCGUGUUCCUGCUGGUGCUGAUGCCCGCGGCUGGGGUCAUCUACCUGGGAUUCCUGUGCCACUCCAGGGUGAGCUGA